CAAAGAGAAAGCAAGAAAGUGAAACAAAGUGUUAAUACCUGAGUAUGGUGAGUGAUGGUUAAGUUAAUGGCUUAUAAUCAUAAAGAACAAAAAUGUCUCCGUCCCUUUCCUCUCUGGGGGGUGAUACACUUUUUAUUCAUCAUAAACUCUGUUGCCAUCAGUAGUCCAUGAGAUGCUGUGACACCCACUACCAUCCACACAUUAAAUAGCGACCUAAACUAAUGAAUUCUCAGUGCUCAAAACUCAACCCCCAAACACAAGCUUUCUCAACAGUUUCAAAUUUCUGUGAGUUCUGAAUUCAUCAUCUUUCUCCUGAGUCCUGAUCAUCAAUCUUAAAAGCUUAAGCUAGCAAUGUCGAGUUCUUCAUCUUCCAGUUCACCACAUAUCUUGAUCUUCCCUUACCCUGCACAAGGCCACAUGAUUCCAAUCUUAGAUUUUGCUCAUCAGCUUUCUCUGCAUAAUCUAACCAUCACCGUACUCGUAACACCAAAGAACCUCCCAAUUCUCGAACCUUUACUCUCAAAAAACCCUUCUAUCCAAAAAUUAGUCUUACCUUCCCCAGGAAAUCUAAAAAUUCCUAAAGGUAUUGAAAACGCAAAAGACCUAUCACCCGCUCUGAUUCCAGAUAUGAUGAUCACUAUGACCAAACUCUAUGAUCCUUUACUCGAGCGGUUCAAAUCUGAGCCUUCACCACCUGUUGCAAUCAUCUCAGAUUUCUUCUUAGGUUGGACACAGAAUCUCGCUUGUGAGCUCAAAAUACCUCGUAUUGUUUUCUCUACUACUUGUGCCAUGGCACUUUCAAUUAUUGUGAUCUGUUGCAAACUGGCGUCCUCCACAGCACAAAUGAUGAUCCAAUUUCUAUCCAUCAAAUUCCAAAUUCCCCAACUUUCCCUCGAUGGCAUAUCCCUAGCUUAAGAAGUUCUUUUUCUGAUAGAAAUGAAGAUUCUGUUACUAACAGAAAAAAUUUGCUUGCGAAUGUUCGUAGUUGGGGAGUUGUGUUUAACUCGUUUACCGAGUUGGAAUCGGUGUACUUGGAUUUCAUGAAGAAGAGAACUGACGGGUUGGGUUAUAAGCGAGUUUGGGCUGUGGGACCGCUUUUUCCUAAUGUUGAUCCCACCGCUAAGGAGAGAGGUGGGCCAAGUUCAGGAAAAAGUGUCUCAUGGCUCGAUAAAUGUCCGAAGAAUUCAGUGGUAUUUGUUUGUUUUGGCAGUCAAGCUGCACUCCCGAAUAAACAAAUGGAAGCUCUAGCAGCUGGGCUGGAAUGCAGCAAAGUUCGUUUUCUAUGGUGCGUGAAAGAGCCUGGAGAAGGACUUGCUAAAGGUGCAUACAGUGCUCUUCCUGCAGGAUUUGAAGAGCGCAUAGCUGGUAGAGGAAUGUUGAUUAGAGGAGGAUGGGUUCCGCAAUUGUUAAUUCUAACACACCCAUCUGUUGGAUCAUUCAUGACUCAUUGCGGGUGGAACUCGACACUAGAAGGACUCGCCUCAGGAGUUGUCUUGUUAGCUUGGCCGAUGAUGGCUGAACAGUUCAUUAACGCAAAUCUCAUUGUGGAUCAAUUGAAAGUUGCUAUCAGGGAUUGUGAAGGGAAUGAAUUGGUUCCUAACUCGGUUAAGUUAGGAGAGUUGGUCGCUGAAUCAUUCAGUGAGCGUUGGAGAGUUAGAGCUGAGAAGCUGUCUAAGGCUGCAAAUGCAGCGGUGCAGCAAGGUGGAACGUCAUUCAAGGACUUGCAAAGCCUAGUUAAAGAUUUGCGUGGGCUUAACAAAUAAUGCUGUAAAGAAAGUGCAGUGGCUUAGCUUUCUUCUACUACGGACGGGGUAAUAGCUACAACUUAACAAUAUAUGACUAGUCUAAUAAACUUGUUAGCCUGAUUCAGUAGAGCUUACAAAAACUAUACAGUAGUCUAGUAAACCUCCUUGGUGCUUUUGUGUUUUUCAUUUGGGUACUUGGCCUCCCGUAUCUGGUUCCGUUUUUAGUUCCUAUGUAAUCUAUGGGUUGGAGCGCCCUUAUCAAUGAAAUCUUCUUUUAACCUAUCAAA